GCUGCCUGCCCCUCAACUUCCAGCCUUAUCCUGAUCCAUGGUGUAACUUCUGCCACAUUAAAUAGAUCCUUCAGCCAGACGACAUGAGAUGCUGAAUAACCUUUGGGGUGACAGAUGAUCUCUAUCCCCUCUAGUGGCCUGGAGAUGAUCCACACAUAGCAGAGGAACACAGAAGAGCUCCAGCUGUGCAGCAGAAAUGUCUCCCAAAGUGCCCGGUGGCCAAGGAGGCAGAGGAGAUUAUUCUGCAGUGCAAGUCGCUGUUCGAGUGCGUCCCCUGCUGCCUAAAGAGCUACUUCACUGCCACGAGAGCUGUAUCACCGUGGACUCAGAGCUGUGCCGCGUUACGCUGGGCCACGACAGACACUUUCUUUGUGACUACCUGUUUGAAGAAACUUGCUGCCAAGAGGAGGUUUAUAGUUUGUCUGUUCAGCCGCUCAUAGAUGCCUUCUUUCAAGGAUUCAACGCUACAGUCUUUGCCUAUGGACAGACGGGUUCAGGCAAGACUCACACCAUUGGAGAAGCUAAUAUUUGUUCCUUUAGAGAUGAGGAGCAGGGUAUCAUUCCCAGAGCUGUUGCAGAUGUCUUCAAGCUGCUGGAUGAAAAUGACCUCACAGACUUCUCUGUCCGUGUCUCCUACUUGGAGGUCUACAAAGAAGAGUUCAAGGAUUUACUGGAGGUGGAGACAGCCAGCAAAGACAUUCACAUCCGGGAGGAUAAAGGCAACAUUGUUUUGUGUGGCGUCAAGGAGUGCGAAGUGGAGGGUCUUGAUGAGGUGUUGAGUUUACUGGAGUCAGGAAACACAGCCAGGCACACCGGUGCAACCCAGAUGAAUCCAAACUCCAGCCGGUCACACACCAUCUUUACUCUGUAUAUGGACCAGCGUCGGGGAAGCUCUCGCCUUUAUGGGACUGCUACGAACUCUGGUCCACAAAUGUUGUCGUCAAAGUUCCACUUUGUUGACCUCGCGGGGUCAGAGCGCAUAUUAAAGACAGGGAACACUGGAGAGAGACUGAAAGAAAGUAUCCAGAUUAACAGUGGCCUUCUGGCUCUGGGAAAUGUUAUUGGGGCCCUCGGGGACCCCAAGAGGAAAGGCUCUCACAUACCAUACAGAGAUUCUAAAAUCACAAGGAUCCUUAAAGACUCACUGGGAGGAAAUUCAAAAACGUUGAUGAUUGCCUGCAUCAGCCCAUCCUCCUCAGACUUUGAUGAGAGCCUGAAUACGCUAAACUACGCCACAAGGGCCCGAAACAUUCAGAACAAGGCGACAGUCAACUGCAAGCGUGAGCCGGAUCGGGUGGAGGGGCUGGAGCAGCAAAUUAAGGCCCUUCGCAGGGCCCUUGAAAACCGCCAGCGCUCAGAAACUCGCAUCAUUUCUCACGCUGAUCCAAACAGGAGACCUCGGCUUGGAGAGGGAGAGAUCAGCAGAAUGCAAGCCCAGAGCGCCCACUACAGGACCUGCACAGACACGGCUUACAGGUUGCUGCGGGAGCUGCAGAGUGAAGGGGGUCUGACUGCAGAACAGAGUCUGAGAGUGAAGGAGUGGCUGUGCUCGGUGGAGGAGGAGCGGAGCGGACUGACGACUGCCUCGGGACCAGACAGCGGCAUUGAGAACAGUUCCACUGAAGACAGUGUUGCGUUAAGGAGAGGAAGGCCUUCUGUGAGGAACCAGGAUCCAGAGGCUGCUGAGGAGAGGUGGAGCCACGAGCAUGGAGAGAAAGAGGAAAGUAAUGUCCUGCUUCAAGCACAGAUCCAGCGGCUGGAGAGCGAGAACACAGACUUUUUAGCAGCUCUGGAGGACGCGAUGGAACAAUAUAAGCAGCAGAGUGAUAAGCUGCAGGAGCAACAGGACUUAAUAGUGGAGCUGCAGUGUCUGCUGUCUGCUCCAGGACUAAUGGGCCUGGGCUUUAACAUGAGGCCGCGGCCACACACCGCCCCAAUGGGCUCCCUGCAACACGGUCAGAAUGGAGGAACAUACAGACAGAUCAGUUCAGAGAGCAGUUUCGGUAAUGGCCCUAGUGGUGAUCAGGAUGAUAGUCUCUAUGAUGAGCAGGAUAUGGCAGGAGGAGCAGAAAUGCUGGACACAGAGGAAGAGGGCAGCCAUUCAAACCUGAACCAGGAGAGACGCAGGCUGGUGAACCACACCUGGACCAAGAAGGACAUGCUGUCAGGAGGCCUAGCAAGUGUUGGGAGAGGGCUCCCAUUUCCAGACCAGCACCACUGUUUAGCAAGAAAAGCAUCCAACACCAGCACAGGGGAGACGUCUGUGCGUGAAAGUCUGAGAAGUUUUGAAGGCGUUUCAGAGUUGGGACUUCUUCAAGCACAGCAAAAGAUCAGAGAGCUGUCGGUCACCAUCCGUAUGAAGGAAGAACUCAUCAAGGAGCUGGUCAAAACGGGUAAGGAUGCUCAGGCCCUGAACAGGCAGUACAGCCAUAAGAUCUCGGCUCUGGAGAGUGAAGCUCUGCAGGCUCGACAGGAGCUGCAGGAGGCCCAACGGCAGUUGCAGGAUCUGGAGAGGCAAGAGAGAGAGAUCAGCGCGACGGAUAAAACCAGAGCACAGGAGUGUCGCAGGAAGAUAGCUGCUGCUCAGAGCAAAGUUCAGGUCCUGAGUCAGCGUCAGAGGGACACUGCUCGUCUCGCCAACCUUCCCGCUCAAAGUGAACGUCGAGUGUUGGAGCUGGAGCGAAGCGUUCAGAGCAUGAGGCAGCAGCAGGAGCAGCUACAGAGGCGGCUGCGCCAGGAAAGUCAGCAGAAACGUCGACUGGAGAGCGAGAUGCAGAGAAGAACUCACAGAGUCAAGGAGCUUGAGAUAAAGAACGAGCAGCAGCAAAAGAUCCUGAGAAUAAAGACGGAGGAAGUCGCUGCCUUCCAGAGGCAGAGGCGCAGCGGCAGUAACGGCUCUGUCAUCUCACUGGAAGAACAACAGAAGAUUGAGGAGCAAAAACGCUGGCUGGAUGAGGAAAUGGAGCGGGUACUGGACCAGAGGAGAGAACUGGAAGGUCUGGAAGGAGAGCUCACAAAACGAGAGCAAAUCCUGGCAAAGAAAGAAGCCCUGCUUCAGGAACGCAGCGGACUGGAGACCAAGAGGCUCCGCUCCAGUCAGGCCCUGAGUAAAGACCUGGUGACUCUUACGGGCCGCAUUGAGUCACUUGAGCGAGAGUUGAGCGAGAGGAACGGUCUUCUUCGCAGCAGCAGUGCUCAAGACUCACAACAGAUUCGACAAGAGAUCUCCAACCUGCGUCAAGAGAAGGACUCGCUGCUGAAACAAAGAGUGGAGCUGGAUGACAAGCUGCGGCAGGGCAGCCUGCUCUCACCUGAGGAGGAGCGAACACUCUUCCAGCUGGACGAGGCGAUUGAAGCUCUGGAUGCAGCGAUUGAGUACAAGAAUGAGGCGAUCACUCAGAGACAGAGACAGCUGAGGGCUUCUGCCAGUAUGCUCUCCCAGUGGGAGAUGAACCUCAUGGCCAAGCUCAGUUACCUGUCUGCCUCUGAGACCAGAGCUCUGCUGUGCAAGUACUUUGACAAGGUGGUGUCUCUGCGUGAGGAGGAGCGUAAGCUGCAGCUCGCCCUGGCUGAGCUGGAAAUGCAGCUGGAUGAGCAGCAGAAGCUGGUGCAGUGGUUGGAGAACGCCCUCGAUCGCACACAACUCGACACAGAUCGUCGGCUCACACAGCAGCAGAAGGAACACGAGAGGAGUGUGCAGCUUCUACUGCAGCAGUGCCGAGAGCAAAUGGACGAGGGCCUGGCAGGAAGGCAGCGGCAGUAUGAAGGAUGGAUCCAUAACCUCAGCAUGGAGCUGAACCACUACAAGGCAGCAAAUCUGGAACUUGGCAACAAACUGAGGGAGCUGUUUGGUUCAGUCAGCCAGCCGAAGGAGCACGCUACAGUUGUGGCAUCUGAUGGUAAAGCAGCAGGAGUCGGCAGCAUGGAGAAGCUAACCCGUGGCCCUGAAGACAGCCCAGGGUCCAGGGGGACGGUACAGUCUGACAAACCUUCCAGGUCCAGAGAGGAAAUGCGUGAGCUGGUGAACACCCCUCUCCCAUCCACAUGGAGGCGCUCUUCUCUCCCCACAGAGGAACCUGCGGCCAUGGAGGAGUUGUGGCUCCAAGCAGGUGGGGACCUUCCUGUUAACCGGGUAGUUCAGACUGGUAUGGGGUCCUGGGGCGGGCCCACGUCCCUGCCUGUGGUGAAGUCUCGCAGAGAGUCCCGCCGCUCCAGCCUCAACAUCGGACCACUGACUUCCAACAAUGCAUUGAUAGAUGUGCGGAAGAAUCCUGUCUGAAAAUAAUUUCAUUGUGCUACUUAAAACCGUUCACAUAGAUUUUUGUUCUGUGGUUUCCUAAAUAUUUUGUUGCAUUACCUGUCUUUAGUUUUUAUAUAUUUUUUUUGUACUUGUAUAUAAAGUUUUUUUUUUUAAAUAAACAAGAACACCCACUGACUUUUAUAUGAAGCACUUUCACUAAAGUUUAUGUUUCCAUGUCAUACAGUAAUUGUCAGGUAUGUGGUCUUGCUGACAAGAGGUGAAUCAUUUGCAUCAUUACAGAAUGAUACUCUCUAAUCAUGUAGUCUUUUGACAGUAUUUUAUAUUAAAAUGUUUUUGCCUCUUC